AUGCCGCUCAGACGACUCCUCGCCGGCGAAAAUUCCAUAUUUCGUCGGCCUGGCCAUUCCACGAUUUGUCUUCCCGAUGGCCAAUACAUCGAUGUCUACACUGACGACGAUGGGACUCUCGUCACCGGCGGAUCGGAGGGCCGGCCGCCACGGCCUGUCCAAGAAAUCUUCGCCGACAUCCGGCGCCGUCAGGCGGCCGCUGAGGACGCCUCCCGUCGCCUCCACUACCCGCAGCGUCGUCCACAACCCCGUCCACCAUCAGAUGCGGCCUCCACGACCCAACUACCUCCAACCCCCUCCACUCCACUCCACUCCACCAUCAGAAUCAGAUGCAGCCGACCCCCUGCAACCCCUUCCCCUCCCCUCCACCGUCAGCUGCAGCCUCCACAACCCGAACCCAUCCCCUACGCUCCAGGCAAGCCUCGCCCCUUUACACUCACCGACCUGGAUGCGAUACGUCGACGCGUAGCAGAUGCAUCUAAGGAAUUCGCCCACUCCGACUACGCUGUCGGGGAUGGACAACUCUUCACGGACGUCGACGAGAUAUCUCGACGCGUAGCAGAUGUACGCAUGGAAGUCGCCUGCUCCGACAUCCAGACGAGGCCCUACGAUCGGCCGCAACCUCCACAGUGCGAGUACCCUUCUUAUGAUGUGCCUGAGCAGUUGGAAACGCCACUGCUAGAGCCAAAGAACACCAACACUUCAUCUUCCUCCACACAGCCAGAGGCGCUAACUCAUGACAUCUUGCCAGUGUCAAGGCAAUCGUCUCCGCCUAUUUUCGCUCGCAAUCCUUCUGGUUGGCAUAUACAGUUUUUCAUCAGAAUAGAUGUCGAGGGUUCUUUCCACACGUAUCCUAGUCUGGGCGGGCCAUUUCAGAGCUUGCAGGAAGCUGAGAACGCUAUCACUAGCCAUCUUGACGAGCUGCGCUCUCCAAUGAUGUGCACAGAUGGGCUUUCGGAUGCUGAGAUUGGUAUAUUACACGCCCUUCACUGGCCUGAUGGCACAAGGAAGAAAUCUUCUAAAGGCAAUGCGGAACAUAGGAAUAUCAGCUUAUUGGUUCAAGCGUUACUGGACAAAUACAAUGAAGAUCACCAUCUUUUGGGGGAUUUUGAAUAUGAACUUGAUGAUGUUGUUAUCUUCCGAGAAUUUGUUGAGGGGGAGAAAGUGACUAGGUUCUAUCAUAUCAAUCUGGCUACAAAAACCAAAGGAGAAGAUGGUUUGCACAGUGGCGUCAACAAUCUAUUUUUUGCUGAAGUCAGACAAAUUAAAGGAGAAAAUGUAUAUGUACUCAGUUGUUUAUGUAUGGUUAAACCUACUGACAGUGGCCAAUGCUAUGGUUGCUUGAGUUAUGGAAAUGUUGAUUUGAAGCACCCUGUUGAUACUGAUAAAUACAAAGGUGGCCACACUGCCCCGCGCUCACCAUGUUGCGGUUUUGAUCUACGGUGUGAUGUAUCGAGGAUGAGGAGGCUAGGCUGGUGA